AUGCAGGUUUUGGAUAACUAUACGGAGAAGAUGAAUACUUUUUCACAUGUACCCCCGGGCUUCAGAUUCCAUCCCACGGAUGAAGAACUUGUCGAUUAUUAUCUUAGAAAGAAGAUUGCUUCAAAAAGGAUUGACCUUGAUGUCAUCAAAGAUGUUGAUCUUUAUAAGAUUGAGCCGUGGGAUCUUCAAGAAUUGUGCAAAAUAGGAACUGAUGAUCAGAAUGAAUGGUACUUUUUUAGCCACAAAGACAAGAAGUACCCUACUGGAACUCGAACCAAUAGGGCAACGAAAGCCGGAUUCUGGAAAGCUACAGGAAGAGAUAAGGCUAUUUACUCAAGGAACACCCUCAUUGGCAUGAGAAAGACCUUAGUCUUUUACAAAGGCCGUGCUCCAAAUGGACAAAAGUCAGAUUGGAUCAUGCACGAAUAUCGACUAGAAACUAGUGAGAAUGGAACUCCUCAGGCGAAUUGUUAUAAUUGCACACAGGAAGAAGGAUGGGUUGUGUGUAGGGUGUUCAAGAAGAGAUUGGCAACAGUGAGGAAAAUAGGUGAUUACGAGUCGCCAUGUUGGUAUGACCAAGUCUCAUUCAUGCCAGAACUUGAGUCUCCAAGGAGAUCAAUUUCCCACCCUUAUGCCUCACCAUAUCACCAGCAGCAGCAGCACUAUUCCCAGUGCAAACAAGAGCUUGAUUUGCAGUACAACAUGCCACAUCAUCACCACCAUGAUUCUUUCCUCCAGCUCCCUCAAUUAGAAAGCCCCAAGGUUCCUCAGUCAGCCCCAUAUGGUUCAAUGUUGCAGUCUUCCACACUCACACAAGAGGAGCAAUUGCAGCAGCACAUCAAUCAGCAGCAAAACAUGUUCAACUCAUCGUCAUCGUCAUUGGUGCUUUAUAACAAUAAUGAUCAGCAAUCUGUUGAUCAGGUGACCGAUUGGCGUGUGCUCGACAAGUUUGUUGCGUCGCAGCUGAGCCAGGACCAGCAAGAUGCUUCCAAGGAAGUUACAAAUUACUCCAAUGCAGCAUCAAUGUUUCAUGUGGCCAACAUGCUGGCCAAUGAGUCUUCCAGAAGGCCAGACAAUGAAAAUUUGGGGCAGGACUAUGCCUCAACAUCCACCUCUAGUUGCCAAAUUGAUCUGUGGAAAUGA